CUGACGGAAGGAAGCCGGGGCGCUGACAAGAUUCGCAGGGAGUGGUGGUGUUCUUUUGACGGCUAGUUGCAGGGAGUGGUGCUUACUGGCCAGUCAGACGGUGACUGCUCCGGGAAAAGUGGUGGACUGGCACUGUGUCUGGCCAGUCAGACGGUGACUGCUCUGGGAGAAGUGGUGGACUAGCAUUGUGUCUGGCCAGCCAGACGGUGACUGCUCUGGGAAAAGUGGUGGACUGGCACUGUGUCUGGACUGUGAGAUGGUGACUGUUCCGGGAGACGUGGUGGACUGGCACUGUGUCUGGCCAGUCAGACGGUGACUGCUGCGGGAAAAGUGGUGGACUAGCAUUGUGUCUGGACUGUCAGACGGUGACUACUCUGGGAAAAGUGGUGGACUGGCACUGUGUCUGGACAGUGAGAUGGUGACUGUUCCGGGAGACGUGGUGAACUGGCACUUGGACUGGACAGUGAAAUGGUGACUGCUUCAGAAGAAGCAGACUAUGCAGUCACGGAAACAUCGUUGUCACUCUUCCAGCGACUGUCUACAGUGACUCUUCCAGCGACUCUUCCGUGACAUACGAAGAAAACAGGAAUAACAGUUCGAUGGAGGAACACAGCGCAAAUAUGCUCUUUGUGGGUGUGUUAUCGGCUCUUUUGGGCUGCAUGUUGAUGUUUCUGGCGAUGAGACUGGCAGCUUGCCUUCGGAGGUAUAGACUGGUCAUAGAACAACCGCCUGAGCAGCCCGAGCCCUCACAACUCCCGGUCCCUUCAAGAACUCGCUUGGUACAAGCUCCCAUGCUCCCUCCAAGACGCGAGGCACCGUCUCAGCCCACAGUCUCUGAUCAUAGCAUCCUCAUAACCCAGCUUAAUUUCUCCAUCCAACAAAGAAACUACCUGCACGAGCAACCUACUGUCCAUAGGAACCUUCACUCGAACCAGGCUACAAGAACAAUCCACUCUGAACCACUGUCGACAAAUGUUCCAAGUCCCACCAUGGAUCACUACAGACUGUACUCCACAGAGUCAUUCAAGUCUGCUGACCAGCCGGGAGAUUACCACUGGAGCCAAGACUGCGAUGUCUUCCCUUCUCCUCUGUCCUCAUCAAAUUCGAAUUCCGAUUACGAAAACUUUCCCUUUAUCCGGGAAGACAAGACGAACUUGCGGUCACCAAGGCGCAUGGGUUCCUAUGUGGAGCCUGAGGAAAUUGCGGCACUCCACUUGGCGUUAUUCAAAGCCGAAAUUGAACAACGACGGAAAGAUGAGAUAAGAAAGGAUAAGGACCGGCAAGCAGAUGCAAUCAGCAGAAUGAAGCAAGAAGAACUGAAAAAGCAAAGGAGAAAGAGAUUCUAACAUAAAAAAAAUCUAUUUUGCCAAAUAAUGUAUUCAUACAUUAUUAAUGUAUUAAUAAUGUAUGACGAUCAUGAUUUAACAUGAUCGUCAUCACAUACUUCAAUGAAAUUAAUAUUAACAAUGCCUUUUAACUACAAAUCAAAAUGCAUGGAAUAAUGUGAAGACUGGAAUUUUAGGACUCACGCUCCCAUACGCUCCCAUACGUCAGGCUGCGAGCAGCAUACGUCAGGCUGCGAGCAGCCGCGUCUAACAGCCUGGUUGAUCAGUCCAGCAACCAGGAGGCCUGGUCGACGACCGGGCCGCGGGGACACUGAGCCCCGGAAGCAUCUCAAGGUAAGGUAACCCAGACGCACAAACGGGAAUAUAAGUUUGAGAUUGUGGAGGGGACACUAUGGAAGGCUGACACUGCGUGUCCAACACCACCAGGGCCUCGGCAGGAUGUGGACUGACCCCAGGAUGAUCUUAUGUAUCUCUUAUGUAUUUCCGCAUCUAACAUAAUUUAAAUAUAAAAAGAAAUAAUAAUCGAUACCCUCAUCACGGCCCUCGUGGAUUUGUUCAGAUAAUAAUCGGGUUCUGUUGUAUAUAAAUUAGUGAGCAUUGUUAUUUAAAUACCGAGUUUGUUUAGGACUAUGCAGUUCAGAUAUAGUUAUAAUUGGUUGAAUAUGUAUUAAAUAUACUACAAUUCUGUGUAGGCUACCUGUAUACCUGUAUUUGGAGUCAUGUUAUCUCUUAAGCAUUAUCUUCAUGAUGAUUAAUAUCUCAGAUUAUUUGUAUAUAUAUAUUCAUCUGUUGACUUGUUGUAUUCCUUGAGCUUAUGUUAAAUAUACGGAUGCUCUCAAA